AUGUUAUCAUUUCUGAAAUCAAAAUGUAGGGGUAGUAUAGCUUUGGACCCCCCAAAACCAGAGAUUUUUCAAAAAAAAAACCAAAGUGCCUAUGUAGAAGCUCUAAAUAUUACAAAAGACUUGUAUGAUUUAGGCAAAAAGGAAGAACGAAAGGAGCAAAUACAAUGGCAGGAAAUAAUAGAUAACGAUCCGGUUGAAGAGCUGGUAAUUGAUAAGCUUAGUAAUGAGCAAAUAUGGGACGAAAUUGAUAGGCAAAACAAUCCAUUCUUGAAAUAUGUUAAUGAUGAAUUGGAUGCACUUGAUAAUUUUAUUGGAAAACAAGAAAAUGAUGAAAAUGAAGAUGAUAGUGUAUUCAAUGACUCUAAUGAUGAUUCACUAGAGAACGAAUCGUCGGAUAACAACAGCAUGGAUAUUGAAGAUGAACUCUUUGAAGAGAACGAGAAUGAUAGUGAUAACGAGGUAUCGAACAAAGAUAACAAUGGUUUGAACGAUGAGUUUUUCAAUUUGGAGGAAUUUAAUAAGAGCACAGGAGAUGACAAUAACAUAUCAGAGGAUGAUGAAAUUGAUUACUUUGCGGAUCCCGAUGAAUUGGAUGAUGAAUCAAAUGCCAAUGAUAGUUUAAUAGACAAUUUAGAGGUUGACAAUAGUAAAGAUGAUUAUGAAGAUGAUAAUGAAUCCUUGAAUAAUUUGGUCUAUGAUCUUUUCGCUAAAGAUACAAGUGAUGACAAAGGGGAUAAAGUUCUAAAAUCUCCCUUCCAUAAAAAACAAGAAAAAGUGCAAAAACGAAUAGAGCAGUUAGAAUUGGAGAAUGUUGCUGAUAAGGAUUGGACACUUAUGGGAGAGGUAUCAAACAAACAUAGGCCAUUAAAUAGCUUAUUAGAGGAGGAUUUAAAAUUUGAUCAUAUUGUUAAGCCAGCUCCUGUUAUUACUGAAGAAGUUACUGUUAAGCUUGAAGAUAUGAUAAAACAAAGGAUUUUGGACGAAACGUUCGAUGACGUUGAACGUAAACAAGAUCCAAAUUUUAGGCCAUUUUUACCUUCAAAAUUAGUUGAAGUGUCGGAUGAAAAAUCUAAAAAAUCCUUAGCAGAGAUAUAUGAAGAAAGCUAUAUUAAACAAACAUCUGACAUGCCAGAUGAGAAGGAUGAUGCGCUAAAAAAAGAACAUCAAGAGAUUGAAAAUAUGUUUAAAGAAUUGUGUCAUAAAUUAGAUGCUUUGAGUAAUUUCCAUUAUACACCAAAGCCACCUAGACCCGAAAUUUCAGUCAUUGCUGAUGUACCAGCUAUAGCUAUGGAAGAAGUUAUACCGGUCCAUGUUAGUGAUGGUACAUUACUUGCACCUGAAGAAGUAUAUGAUAAGAAAAAACAAGAAGUAAAGGGUGAUACUGAAAUGGAUUCAAAUGAGAAAAAACGGGCACGAGCUUCCAAAAAACGGUUAAAGAAAAAAGAAAAGAAGUUGAAAGAACGCGAGAAAAAAGUUAUCGAAAAGUAUAUGAAUGAAUCUUGGACUAGGGAACAAGCAUGCAAAACAGAAAAUGUUGGAUUCGCUGAUGGGCCAAAAG